AUGAGGUUUUUCAUCGCACUUUUGAGCUUCGCGGCCGUUGCGACCGCUGGUGCUAUCAAGCGCCAAAGCGGCCCUGUCGAACCAGACACAGAUCCUGACUGCAGUUACCACGACACUGCUUACAGUGAAUCCGACAACUGCCAGUAUUUCGAGGAUUACUGGGGAAUCGACCAUGCCACCUUUGUUGCUUGGAAUCCGUCGGUCAAGGAUGAUUGUAGCGGAAUCAAGGUUGGCUAUUCAUACUGUGUAGAGGUCACUCGUAAGCCAGAGCCAACGAGUUUCACUCCGACAUCCACAUCGGCCUCUCCGUCUCCCACCAAGCCGUCCAAACCGUCACCAACCCAGGAAGGCCUUAUCGAUUCGUGCACCGACUUUUAUUUUGCCGUCGCAAACGACAACUGUCAAAAGAUUGCAAAGAAAUAUGGUACUUUUACAGAAGCUCAGUUCAUCGAAUGGAACCCAGCAGUUGGUUCUGACUGUGCGGGCAUCUGGGCCAAGACCUACUACUGCGUAGGCAUCCCCGGAACCCCAACAGCACCACUCACCUCGACAUCUGUGCAGCCCACAUCGACUGCCCCUGCAAAACCAUCGCCAACACAAGAAGGCUUGAUUGAAAGCUGUACAAGCUUCUACUUCACUGUCAAGAACGACAACUGUGCCAACAUUGUCAAAAAGUACGGCACCUUCACUCUAUCUGAGUUCGUCAUGUGGAACCCUGCUGUUGGAGAAGACUGUGGGGGUAUCUGGGCUGCUACUUACUACUGUGUUGGCAUUCCUGGGACACCUUCUGCUCCUCCCUCUUCGAGUAUUGCACCCACGACGGUCAAGCCUACGCCCACCGGAAAUGGCAUUUCAACGCCGCUACCUACCCAGCCUGGCAUGGUUUCCAACUGUAAUAAGUUUCACUGGAUUGCAAAGAAUGUUGGGUGCAGCGAUGUCAUUAGCUAUGAGAAGAUUACUCUAGCUGAAUUCGCCAGAUGGAACCCCACAGUCCUCGAUGACUGCUCCGGCAUGUGGGCCGAAGUGAACGUUUGUGUUGGUGUUAUCGGAGGCACAACUACUUCAACCCCUAAGCCGACUACAACCACGAUAAAGCCGAGUGCUACUACUACGGCUGGAAACGGCAUUCAGACUCCACAACCCACGCAGCCGGGAAUGAUCACAAACUGUAACAAGUUCCAUUGGGUAGCUUCAGGCGUCACCUGUUCGCAGAUUGUCAGCUAUCAAAAGAUCACACUUGCUGAUUUCGCCAAGUGGAACCCUACCGUAAAGAGCGACUGCUCUGGUAUGCAAGCAUUGGUCAACGUCUGUGUUGGUAUUAUUGGAGCAACGUCUACAACAAAUCCUGCAACUACAACAACAUCAGCUGGCAACGGGAUUCAGACUCCCCAACCUACACAGCCUGGGAUGGUGACCAACUGCAAGAAAUUCCAUUAUGUAGCUGACAACGUUACCUGCGGCCAGAUCAUCAGCUACCAGAAGAUCACUCUUGCUGACUUUGUCAAGUGGAACUCUGGUGUUGGCUCUGAUUGCAGAAAUAUGUGGGCUAGAACCAACGUAUGCGUUGGGGUGUAA